GCGGCGUGAGGCUCAGACCCGGAUGUGACCACGUGACCGCAGAGGUUUAUUGUGAUGGUGCCGCUCCUUCUCCGGCUCCUUCUCCUCCUCCGCUGAACCGUUACAGUCGCGAUGGCCGCCCGGAAGCGAUGCCUCCCGGCCGCCAACGGGGCGCCGGACGUCCCGCCGCCGCCCGCCCGCAAGCAGCAGAUCCGGGCCGGCGGAGAGAGACACGUCGCCGCGCUGAUCCUCGCGAGGGGGGGAAGCAAAGGGAUCCAGCUGAAGAACAUCAAGACCCUGGCCGGGGUCCCGCUGCUCAACUGGGUGCUGCGAGCCGCCGGAGACUCCGGGGUGUUCCACAGUGUGUGGGUGUCGACGGACCACGACGAGAUCGAGAAAGUGGCCAAAUCCUGGGGUGCGAAGGUGCAUCGCCGGAGUCCAGAAGUCUCCAGGGACUCUUCCACGUCCUUGGAGACCAUUCAGGAGUUUGUGAGGCAGAACCCAGAGGUGGACGUGAUAUGCAACAUUCAGGCUACGUCCCCGUGUCUCCAUCCGUUCCACGUGAAGGAGGCCCUGGAGAUGAUCACGCAGCAGGACUACGACUCGGUCUUCUCCGUGGUCAGGAGACACCAGUUCCGCUGGCAGGAGGUCAAGAAAGAAUCUGGUGAGUUGACCAAGCCGCUCAACCUGGACCCAGCCAACCGGCCACGGCGUCAGGACUGGAACGGAGAGCUGUGUGAGAAUGGUUCCAUUUAUUUCACCACGAGAGAGCGGAUCAUGAAGGACGGACUUCUCCAGGGUGGGAAGGUCGGCUACUAUGAGAUGCUGCCAGAGUACAGUGUGGACAUCGACGUGGACAUCGACUGGCCUGUGGCAGAACAGCGAGUUCUCAGGUAUGGUUACUUCGGUCGGGUCACGCCGGAGGUGGUUAGUCUGAUGUUCUGCAACGUGUCCGGAUGUUUAACAGAAGGGAGGAUCUUUCUGUCUGUAUCCGGAGACGAGAUGGUGUCUAUUAAUACCAGAGACACCGCGGGCAUCCGGAUGCUCCAGAAGGAGGAAGUGGAGGUGAUGCUGUUGAUGUCCAGCGAGGACCCCGUGACCCAGAAGUUGGUUGACCAGUUGUCCAAGAGGACAGGCUGCAAAGUCCUCCAGGUGGGAGAGGAGCCGCUGAACGAUUUGAAAGUGAUCGUGGAGCAGAGGAAGCUGGAGUGGAAAGACGUGGCGUACAUGGGUAACGACAAAGCAGACGUCAACUGUCUGAACCUGGCGGGUUUGAGUGCGGUACCUGGAAACGCCCCAACGGUGGCCAUCAACGCUGCGAAGUACACCUGCCACGCAGCCGGGGGGAUGGGAUCCGUCCGGGAGUUUGCUGAACACAUUCUCCUUCAGAGAGAAAAAGCAAAGUCGAAGAUGGAGCAGGAUCGUAUCGACUGCAGCAAGAAAUGAGAAGUUUAAAAUCACUUAGUACUGAAAGGGUCAGUGCAGCUUAUGCACAUGUUAUAGAAGUAAUCAAACAAUACGUAUAUGCAUGAUAAGUAUUAAGAGAUUGUAUAAAAUGGUUAUCUAAUUUUAGAGUAGGAGUUACAGAGUUCAUAAAAACAUUUAGCUCAAGUCUCAAUGGAAACUUUCCGGCUCUUACGUACUUAACGUUCCAAAGUUAACCAACCUCGGUUUAUUGUCGUAGUCGGAGAAACCGAACUCUGAUGCAAACACCGGGAUCA